AUGCAUAUGCAUGCACUUAUCAGACCAUCACCGCGCCUCUUCGCAGCUGUGUCGCAUACGAGUUAUAUUGCGUCGUCGUCAGCAUCAUCGUCCUCUUCAUCCUCAUCAUCCACAUCAUCCUCGUCAUCUUCCUCAGAUUCAUCAUCAUCAGAUUCACCGUCAUCAUCGACAUCGACAUCAAAGUCCAAGCUAAAAAAGCCCGUUUUGACUCUUGAUCGGUUCAUCCAACGCCAACGCGUCCUCAGCUUAUGGCGGGAUAUUAUCCGUACCGUGAACAAGAUCCCACCGUCCUCCACGCGCGACGAACUCCGGGCUUAUGCGCGGCAGGAGUUUGAGCGGAAUCGGCAUGUUGAGGAUAUUAUGCAUAUCCGGUAUUUAAUCUCCUCCGGCAAGUCCGAGUUUGAUACGAUGAAGAGGUAUAUCGAUGAGCAGGUUGUUAGUCGGUGA